GUAAAUGUCAAGUUUCAACAUCGCCUGCACAAAACACGACCAAAGUUGGUCUGUGGAUGAUACUUUUCUUUUUUUAUAUAAACAGUAUUGUUUUUACAAUUUAUCGAUGAAGUCUAUCAAAGAAAGAAAUGUGAAAAAUUCAGUGCGCAUAAUACAAAGGACGUGUUACUUCAGAAAUAAGCUUUCGUGAUGACAAUUUUAUUGUAAGUGCGGAUCAAAGAUAUGCCGACAAGAUGAAGGUUUUAUCGUUGUUAUUUAUGAUUACGACGAGCUGCGGCAUCUGUCUGAUCCUGGCUCAAAGCGAUAACUGUACUAGAACUAACAAUCGUGGUGAUUAUAUACUGUGUGUUCGCAAGCUAUCGGAGACUUUAGCAAGCAAAUUUAGUGAAAUAGUGGUAAAAGAACUUGGCAGUGAGUAUACGACACGCUUUGAAAUUCGGACAGCUUAUAAAGUGAGCCGUUACCAAACUUCAGACAAUGAAGUCCUGACCAGUAUUGCUGAAAAACUCAGCUACAAGCUGUCGGCAGCUACGAACAUUCUUCGUCACAUGAACAAUGUAAUCAGCGACAACAGUACUCCGUCCUUCACGCACCCUUGCCCAUUCAAUUCUAUUCGUAAGUCUGUGUUUAUCAAAAGUUCCAAUGUAUACGACACAUUGCCUUCACAAGACCCUAAAAACAAUAUGUUGGGUCGCUUUAAGGAUUUAAAAGUUAAGAGACAAUACUUCCUGUCACAUAUGGACUAUGCUACUGAUAAGGAUUGUGCUACAAUGCCCCAUUCCAACUUAAGAUACCUUUACCACAAGAUUGUACAUCCUGAACCAAAAUUGGUUGUGUUUAUAAUAGAUAAUAAUAUGAGAGAAGGUCCACUACAGCAUGCAAUACAUGUGGCUAAAGAAACUGUGUAUGCCCUGCAGGACUCUGACCUUAUAACAGUUAAGAUGACAAAUAUGACAGAAUUUCUUAAAUUUGAAGAUACUUGUAGCACGGAUGGAAUAUCAGACAUAGGCAAUGCCACAGAGAACAAUAAACUAUUGCUGAGGGAAUAUUUAUCAUCCAUAGACAUUGCACCUAAUAAUAUGUCUCCUAUUUCUAUAAAUACAGAGUUGAAAAACUUAUUACUACAAAGGGAUUUACCAAAACACAAACUAUUCAUCUUUCUCACGGACACAAAAGUUUUAAAAAAUGAGACUUGGCUUAAAAUAUUUCCGUACUCUGCAAAUAGAGAUGAAAGCUUAAAGUUUGCUAUUGGACUGAUUUAUGAAAAUCAAGCAGAUAAGAAUAGUUCGUUGGGUAUAUUGCAUAUUGACAAGUGGCACACACAUACAAACAAUCACUCUGUUAUGCGGUUGCACAUCAAUGACAGUGGAGUUGUGGGACAAGUUGCUUCAGCAUUUAUAUCUCUCCUACCCGGCCACUAUGGAAGUAAGAAGAUUAAAAUAGAAGGCCCAGUUUGGGAGGCAACUGAAAGAGAUUUCAUGAUAUCUCUUGUGCUACCAACAACAACUGGAGUGCUUGGACUAGACCUUUAUUGGUCUGAUCUUGCGGAAGAUAUUGUAUAUUUUAAGGGCUCAAAUCAAAAGAAAAGAGCCUUUGUCAUGGAUUUCUCUGGCACAGUUUUAAUGCACACAUUCUUCCCAAGACCAGAAUCUGCUUCAGACAAAAUUAAGUUCACAAAACUGGAAAGUGUAGAGACCUACACAUUUAUAUCAACUGUGAAACAAGAAAUGUUAGCCAAUAGUUCCGGUAACUUGACUAUGUAUGAACAAAACUCUACUAAAUCAAUUAUUUACUCCUGGAAAUGGGUAGGUAACUUGUAUAUAGUUUGUAUUGUAUCAGAGGUGGCUGAACCGGUUGUAUUUAAUAAAACUAAUAUCUUUUUUACUAGAAGCAACAAGGAAAUUUUGUUCCAUAGGCUUGAUUUAUUUCCACCUAAAAUGGGCAAAAUGUGCAGACAUUUCAAACAAAUAGCUACAAUAGAUCAGGGUACAGUGUAUCUAAGUCCAUCUAGCUUCCAAUCCCCAUUCACCUAUUUAUAUGACAUGGGUGAUGGUCAGGAAGCUGUCACAUACAUGCAGAAUUACUUAGCUUAUUUAAAAAGUGUUGCCCAUGGGCUACUCUCAAAUCCUGGUCUUAAGAAUGAAAUUCAACAAGAUGUUGGGUUUUUAAAUUCUAUUCUAUCAUAUUAUAAAAGGCAACAUUUACAUGGCCCUUAUUCAAAGUAUAUAGUAAGAAGGUAUGCAGUGACAGAGAGUGGAGUGAUGGUGAUGUUCCCUGGCACUGUGUUAGAAUAUGAUUAUGAACCAGUGAGACGGCCAUGGUAUACAUAUGCUUUAGAGAAUCCGGAUAAGAUAAUCUUAACACCUCCAAACUUGGAUGUUGGUGGUGCAGGCUAUGUUGUGUCUAUAUCAUAUGCUGUAAAAAGUUCCUUUUACCCCACUAUGGUUGUGUCAAUGGAUGUAACAAUGGGCUUUUUGUAUAAGCUUCUCAUAGAUAGUUUGCCUCUUUGUGCCAUGUCCUAUGUCAAAUGUUUUAUAAUGAAUAAUAAGGGCUAUCUGGUGUCACAUCCAGGCUUAAUGGAUCCAAAUAGUUCUGGGCCAAUAGAACAACAACAUAUCACUCAUAAGGAAUCCAUGAUUGCUAUUGAUAUGUUGAAUCAUAAGGGAUUUGUUACAAAAAGACUGUGUAACAAUUUUUACGACAAAACUAUACAACGGUUUUACGAAUUUAAUACCUCGCUACCAAAUGUGCUCUCUAAUGUCGUAUCAGGAGAUCAUUGCAUUCAUUACUACAUUGCCGCCAUUCCAGGCACCAAUGCAUUUAUAGGUCUGGUGAACGCGUCCUGCAACGUGGGUGCUUUCUGCCCAUGCAGUAUGGUCGAUCGUCUUUGCCUAAAUUGUAACCGUAUGGAGCAAACAGAUUGCGAGUGUCCAUGUGAAUGUAGCUCCGAGCUCUAUGAAUGCCCCAACUCCAACGCGUCACGAUACAAUUUAGAAAUGCCUCUAUGUGGCAUGAUGCUUGAAAACAACAACCACAAGUCCCAUUACUUCCAUAACUUUGCUGAGAACUUAAAGUCGUGUUUUGAUUUCCAAUGCGAAACUUAUAUGUCGCAUUCGUCUUGCUUAGGUGUUGUUGGUUGUGAAUGGUGCCAAAUUGAUGCUGACGGUAGGACGCCGCUGUCGGCACCAUUCUGUACUUCUCAGUCCACUUGUUUUAACGGUGUGUUAGGUGCCGUCACACCUUACGGGGAGGGCACUCUCGGUCACAUCAAUAGAGACGCAUUCGGCAACUACUCGGCUAUAGGCCCGAUCGCCGGUUGUAUAGUUACUGCGAGUUUAGUCAUUGCUGUUGCCAUAUACUGCUACAGGCAGAAUGUUACUACAGCCAGUUGCCAUAACUUGUAUGUUGAUGGUCCAGCAGAGACCUGGCAUGAUGCAGAUGUUCAAAUGAGUCACUUGCAAUCUGAUGAUAUGCAUGACCUGUCUGGGCAAGAUAAGCUGUUACCUGCCAUGGAGAUAGAGGCUCCAAUAUCACCAUACAGAGUAGUGACUGGUUAUAGAAGGCCUCAUACAGCUGGUGGUUCAGAUCAUGGGUAUUCUACUAUGACCCCCCAUGAAGAUUCUGAAGCCACUGGAUUUUCAGUUAAUGAGCCAAUUGUUUUAUCAGAUGACACUAAGUCUGAUAUUAGUUGUCCUCUGCCAGCCAAAAUCAAGCCAAGACUAAAAGCUAAUGAUUUAAAUGUAACUGUGUUACCGUGCGGUAAAAACAGUAUAAUAGCUCCGGUCACUGUCCACAGGCAUAUGGAAGCGUCGUAAUAUUUUAAGUCCUUUAAAUAAAUCUACCUCUGUGUAAAUAAUAUUUGAAAUAUUAAUUAAUUAUUGUGUUUAAUGUGAUGAAUUUAAUUUGCUAACAGUGUUAAUAUUUUCCAGUUUUCUUUAUAAAGUACUUAGCUUUAAUUAUUGUUCUGUAUCAUGCAGCUAUUUUACUUAAAUAUUUGGUGCUCUUUAUGUACUUCGUUAUAAGAUUGUUUUAUAAUUUUAUCACGAUAAAAUAAUAUUGACUUGAUGUUCCGCGAUAAAUGAUAAUCAGCAGUAGAAAUUGCAUUUUGAUCUAUAUGUAUGUGUAUAGAAUUUGUUAAAUAAUGAGUACUUAAUCUAAUCUUUAUCUUGAUAACCAUGUUACAUAUAAUGGCCUCAUUUAGAUCUAACAAGAACAAUGUGUCAGUUUUCCGCGGUGACAUAUAUAA